AUGACAGAAUCAGCUCUUACAACAUUGACCCUUGAUGGUCUCCCAAAAAUCGCAGAAGGGAAAGUUCGAAAUCUAUAUGAGAUCGACGAGAAGACCCUCCUGUUCGUCGCAUCAGAUCGCAUUUCAGCCUAUGACGUGAUCAUGGAAAAUGUAUGCCUUCCCUCUUCUACUAUUUGA